UCGGUGCAGAUCGACGAGAUCUUGCUGUGGAAAUGCGUCCACUUGUUGCAGACGAUUGUCGCCGGUGACCAAGGCGCGCUUCCGGCCUCCACCUCUGACUUUACAGCAUUGAACACCGAUUCACGCCAUUGCUUCUUUGGCAUCCUCAACUUGGCGAUCAAGAAACUGUUCCUCUCCGUUCUGACGUCAUCAUCACUUCCGGUGCAGCUGCAGCUAGUCAAGCAGCAGUUCGACUUCCCGUUGGUUCGUUUCGAAAACGCGCCAGUUGAACUAGCGCCAUUUCAGCAGUUUUACUACUUCGAGUCGUUCACUUUUCUUGUGGACGCUGUGGUGAAGCAUUUUGCGAGAGAGUUAAAAAGUCAAGCGGUGAAAAUUUUGGGCAGCGUCGAUUUUCUCGGAAACCCGCUGGGAUUGUUUUAUGACGUCAGCGGUGGUCUUCAGGAGUUGAUAAUCGAAGGCAACGUAGCAGGCUUCGUGACUGGUGUUUGGCACGGAGUGUCGAAUUCGGCCGCCAAGAUCACAAACGCAUUGUCAGAAGGAGUCGGCAAGUUUUCGAUGGACGAGCAGCAUCGUCACUACCGCGCAACGAUUCGUCACGGCAACGCUCAGAACCCCAUUGGUCAUUUGAUGACUGGCUUUAAGGGUUUGGGCAUUGGAGUUUUUGGUGGUGUGACGUCAUUGUUGAGUCAAAUGGUCGACGGAGCGGUGAACAGUGGCUUGCAGGGUCUCGUGUCCGGAUUCGGCAAAGGUCUCGUAGGCACCGUCGCCAAACCUGUGCAGGGCGUGCUCGAUUUUGCCAGUGGCGCCGCUGCUGCGGCGAAAGAAGUGGUCUCAGGUUCAAGCACACUGAAUUCCCGCUUCCCGCCAAAACGGCUUCGUCUACCACGGGUGAUCAGGAAUCUGCAAUGCGCCUUGCCGCCUUACGACAGCGAUCUCGCCGAAGCACAGCAAACCAUGCUGCAGCUGAAGCCGAACAGUGACGAUUCAUUGGAAAAGAUAGAUGACCUGACACCAACUUCUCACUGCAUUUGUAGGCGCACAAACAUUGCCAAUGCGAGCCGUAUCUCUGUUCAGACCCAAAGGACCUUUUCAUGGCUACCGCAAAAUUUGUUUCGACUAUGGAAGAAGCCAAAUAUUGCCACCUUGAACUGCCAGUCCUUGAAAGAUGAAGCCACUGAAUCUGCCACUACAAGAACCUUAAACAAUCUAAACGCACUGAUCACGUGCCCUCCAAGAAACACGAAAAGAAACACGAAACAGAAACAUUAA